GAAAUCUCCCGGACAACCGAACUGCUUAGCCAAAACAAAGAAAAAAUUAUAGUUAAAAAUAUAUCAAAAAUGAAGUUAAAAACGCGAGUCUGCAAGAAAAGCUCGAUAAAAAACUCUGAAUCGGCAAAGGAAAGCAGCAAAAGCACUACAACAUAUCCACUGAGUUGCGUGGAUUGGAGCAGCAAUGAAGAGAUCUAUUUUAUGAGCGAUGACCGUCAGAUCUCCAAGUGGAGUGACGUUAGCCGCGAUUCGGUUGAGGUGGCAAAGCUUCCGGAUGACUUUGUGCCCACUGAUCUGCACUGGCUUUUGCUGGGAGGCAGGAGCAGUGGUGGUGGAAAGGGUAGCGACACCCUGCUCAUCUGCAGUAAUGAUGGAAGAUUCGUAAUCUUAAAUAAGAGUGCCCGAGUGGAGAGGAGCAUUUCAGCCCAUGGAGCAGCAAUAAGUUCCGGUCGGUGGAGUCCCGAUGGCGCCGGACUUCUGACCGCCGGCGAGGAUGGUGUGAUUAAGAUCUGGUCAAGAUCAGGGAUGUUGCGAUCCACCGUGGUUCAGAAUGAAGAGGCUAUCCGAUGCGCACGUUGGGCCCCCAACUCCACCUCCAUAGUAUUUUGCCAGGGGGGACACAUUUCCAUCAAGCCACUGGCCGCCAACAGUAAACUAAUUAGGUGGCGUGCCCAUGAUGGCCUGGUGCUUUCCCUCAGCUGGUCCCCACAAUCCAAUGUUAUAGCGUCCGGAGGCGAGGACUUUCGGUUUAAGAUUUGGGAUGCCCAGGGCGCCAAUCUUUUUACUAGUGCCGCCGAGGAAUACGCCAUCACGAGCGUGGCCUUUAAUCCAGAGAAAGAUUACCUUCUGGUGGGCACAUUUAAUUUGCUUAAAUUGUGCCACAGCAAUGGGGUAAGUAGCUUUAUAGAUUUAAAGAGCCCAGACCAUAAAAACUUUAUUGCGUUACAGUGGUCCUAUAACACAGCCCGCUUUUCCAGUCCAUAUGUGGGCUCCCUUUUCAAUCUCUGCUGGUCAGCCGAUGGCACCCAAGCAUCCUGUGGCACCUCGACGGGUCAAUUGAUUGUGGCCUAUGCCAUCGAACAGCAGCAAGUCUCCGGAAACUUGAAAGCCACCAGCAAAAGUCGCAAGUCGAUUACCUUGAAGGACCUUGCGGCUGGCACUCAGGAUAUCCUUGAUUUCCCGCAGCGAGUGGUUAGUUUUGGUCUUGGCUAUGGCCAUCUGGUGGUGGCCACCACUAAUCAAGUACACAUCUAUAAUGAGAAGUAUAUUAAUACGCCGAUCAUUAUCGAUGGCAGGAACGACACGAGGGUUAUUGAAGUAGGCAAAAAGUACUUUAUGAUCCUGGACGCCCUAUCGAUUUGGGUGUACACCUACACAGGUCGCUUGCACUUGAAUCCGCGUUAUCCCGGCUCCCAGGCACAGAUUCCCCUGCUUACCUGGCGCUCGCUGUCUUUGGGUCUUGAUGUCCUGGCUAUAAGGGAUAGCUCUGACCCGACAGUACUCCACCUAUUUGAUCUGGUUCCGGGUGCCUCGCGGCAGUACGAUCCCCAUUCCCUGAGGGCCAAGCAGCAACUGGUCCAGAUUGCAGCUUGUCGAGCAGGAACUUUGGAAGAUCAGUUUGUAGCGUUUAUCGACUCGAAUAGGGAACUAUUUGUCAGUGAGUCCCGCAAUCUGAAUGGCGAACGCACGGAUGAGAUUUACAAGAUCGGCACCCAACUCACUGCGAUUAUGUGGGCCAGCGAAACAAAUAUUAUGGUGGGAGUACACGACUCCUGCUACAGCAUCUGGUAUUGUCCCGGGGAAGGAGCCUCCGAUCCCACGAUCAUUGCCCUAACCACUAUUACAUUGGAUACUACGGAGUUUGGCAAACACGUCACCAUCGAAAGCUUCGAGGAUUGCGUGCUCACAUUCCGUUCCGCCGGCGCCCUACUCCCCGUCAAUGUCAACAUGUAUUGCGAGAUCCUGCAUCGUGCUCUUCUCGAAGGGCAGUGGCAACAGGCGUUGAAGAUUUGCCGAAUGGGCCAGCACUCCAGCUUGUGGGCCACCCUGGCGGCGGUGGCCACCAGGAAGCACCAGUUGCAGAUCAGCGAGGAGGCUUACUCGGCAGCACUGCAAAUCGACAAGGUGAGCUACCUACAGCACCUGAAGGCUCUGACUCCCUCGAGUGCCGAGCAGAUGGCCGAGAACUCACUAAUGCUGGGCAGGAUGCUUGAGGCGGAGACGAUCCUUCUGCAUGGCAAGAAAAUCGAACAGGCGGUGGGCCUAGCCCUGCGGAUGCACAACUGGCGUAGAGCCCUGGAAAUAUCACAGAAACACAAGGCAGAGCAGCCGGAAUUGAUGUCGCAAGUUCUCCAGGAGAGGAGGAUGUAUCUGAAGGCCCUGCAAAGGGACGAGUGGGAUCCACUGUAUCUACCUCUUGUGGCUAAAGAGAAGGCUGGCAAUACAAGCGAAUAACUU